AUGGAUGAAAAUGUUAAAUACUUGUAUCCAAAUGAUGAAGAAGAAAUUGAAAGAUUAGAAAAUCAAUAUUAUUUACUUAAAGAAAAAUGGAAUGCGACAUUCUUGUCACCUGUAGCACCUAAGUUGCUUGCUGAUGCGGGACAGGAACCUGGAUCCUAG